AUGGACAUCGAAGCCAUCGCUUUGCCAACACCGAAAGAAUUCAUUUCACUUCAUGGGUGGAUGCUUUCUCAGCUCAAUUUGAGUAAGAUCGUUUCACCCCAUUUAUCUGCCGAACAGAACUGUAAGUCUGUUCUGAAGUACAUCGACAACUUCCCUUGGGCUGCAGAUGCAAAAGAAAGUGUUGAAGAAUAUAUUGAAAUGCCAGUAACAACAUGCCUUUCGCCAACGAAUUCCUCGUCGUCAUCGUCAGAUCUCCAACCAGCAGCGAGCGAAGCGGAUGCUCAAGUGCUGAAAACGCCGUCCGGAUUCGACAAACGGCGACUGAAGCUAUAUAAAAACAGCGAGUUUGCUUGCGAACCAUGCGGUAGGAACUUCGGAACCAAGAGCAGCUACACUCAGCAUUGCAAGGCGUAUCACUCGGGGCCUAUGGAGCAUCGCUGCGGCCAAUGCGGGAAGCGAUUCAACACGGAGGCGAAAAUGAAGAUGCACGAGAGACUUCACACCAUGAAGGAUAAGCCGUUCAAGUGUCAGCAGUGUUCGAGCCAAUUUAUCUACAGUCAUGAUUUGAAGAGACACGAAAUGAAGCGUCACGGCCAAGGAAAUGGGUUUGUUUGCAAGAUAUGCGGACUGAAGUGCUCCAGACCGGACAUAUUGGCUCUGCAUGAAAUUAGACACACGAGGAAGACUGGAAAGUAG